AUGUUUUUAACGGGUAGUUAUAUUUCAUAUAAUGAAUUUUUAUAUGACACUUACAAAGAGUACACAGUAUCAGAUUAUUCAACGUCGUAUUCAAGACAAUUAGAAUAUAAAUUAAAACAACUACCUAUUUUUCAAAAGUUGAACCAUCCAAACAAUACCCAUCAAUGGUACAAAUUAAGUAGCUGGGAAAAUUUGGAUCGAAAUGUAUUAGAUAAUGUUGCUAGUAUAAAAGAUGAAGAUGGAUAUAAGGAACCAACGUUAACAAACCAAACAUUACGUAAACCAGGGGGGAUUUUUAUUAAACCUGUAAUUUUUCAUAAUAUAGAAACUGAUGAAGGUGUAACUAUUUUACAUGUGGGUUAUAGAUUAUGUGGAUAUCCAUUUAUAGUUCAUGGUGGUAUAAUUGCAACUUUAUUAAAUGAAACUUUCAAAAGAAAUGCAAGUUUAUCUAAAUUCACAAGUUCAAAUUUAAAAGAUGAUUUUAGAGUGGAAAAUUUGACUAUAAAUUAUAAAUUUCCAACAUUUGCUAAUCAAUUUUUAAUUGUAAAGACCAGAUUGAAAGAAGAUAGUAAAGAUAAAAAAACAAUUUUAUUAGAAAGUUGUAUUGAAAAUGCAAAGGGAAAAUUAUUAGUUAAAAGUACUGCAUUAUUACAUGAUACUGGUAGAGCUACAAAUAGAAUAAAUGCUGAAGAACAAAAGAAGAAGCAAUCAUGGUGGUGA